AUGCCAAAAGGAAAACCUUCCAGUUGUUCGUUAAUGUCUUCCACUGAAAGGGACGACCGAGGGUGGACUCUGCUUCACAUCGGAGCUCGAAAAGGUGAUCUGAAGUUGGUGAAGCGACUCCUCGACGAAGGCAUGGAUGUCAACGUGCGCGCAUGGGGAAGCAACUCAGGAGGUCUGACCCCUCUUCACCUUGCUGCACAAGGUGACCACCUUCAAGUCAUGGACGAGUUGCUGGAACGCGGAGCAAACAUCGAUGCAAGAACCAAAGGGGCAUGUGGGUGGACGCCUCUACACAAUGCCGCUAAGAAUCGAAGCAAGGCAGCCAUCAAAUUCUUGAUUGAGAAUGGAGCGUUCUUGCCACAAGACAUCGACGACUGUAGAUUCAAUCCACCUCUCUAUUAUUGCCCUGGUCUCGAAUGGGCUUAUGAGGAGAUGAAACGGCUCUACCAAGAAAAAGGAAAUUCCCUCCCAUCUGACCAUGAACAUGAAGGUUCUUGUUACUACGGCGGCAAUGAAGCCUGUAAUCCCCCAACGUCAAGCCAAAGAUCGUUAGUUUCUCUAUUUACUGGAAGAGUUUCUACAAUUGGAAACUUUCCCCUCUGGACUCUGUCUCUGUAUUAUUUACGUUAUCUUGGUUAUCGUAUUAAAGGGUAA